UCUUGUCCCGUUGCAACAUGGCCCUGCGGAGGGUGCUGGCGCUGGCAGCAGCCCUGGGGCGCCGCAGCUGCUGCUCCAAGCCCUCGCUGCCCCCUGACUUCGUGGAGGCCCUGAGGACCGUGGUCGGGGCCCCCAAUGUCUCCACGGCCACAGCGGUGCGGGAGCAGCACGGCCACGAUGAGUCCAUGCACCCGUGUGCCCCCCCGGAUGUGGUGGUGUGGCCGCAGGCAGUGGAACAGGUGCAGGAGCUGGCAGCCCUCUGCCACCGCAGCCGUGUGCCCAUGGUGCCCUUUGGCACCGGGACCGGCCUGGAAGGAGGCGUCAAUGCCGUGCAGGUAUGGGCUGUCCCGGCACCCCUGACCCCAGGGGCUCUGGGUGCCUGGCCGUGCCCUCAGCCCCGGGUGCCCCUGUGCCAGGGCGGUGUCUGCUUUGACUUGAGCCGCAUGGAUGCCAUCGCAGAGCUGAGCCUCGAGGACUUCUCGGUGGCGGUGGAGCCCGGUGUCACCCACAAGGCCCUCAAUAAGCACCUGCGUGGCACCGGGCUCUGGUUCCCUGUCGACCCUGGGGCGGAUGCCUCGCUGUGUGGCAUGGCGGCCACAGGUGCCUCGGGCACCAACGCCGUGCGCUACGGCGCCAUGCGCCCCAACGUGCUCAACCUGCGCGUGGUGCUGCCGGACGGGCGCCUGCUCCACACCGCCGGCCCUGGCCGCCAUCCCAGGAAGCGGGCGGCCGGCUAUGACCUGACCUCACUCUUCGUGGGCUCUGAGGGCACCCUGGGCUUCCUGACCCAGGCCACGCUGCGCCUGCACCCGCUGCCCGAGGCCUCUGCUGUCACCAUCGCCUCCUUCCCCAGCGUGGGGGCGGCCGUGGCCUGCACCGUGCAGGUGCUGCAGGCUGCCGUGCCUGUGGCCCGCAUCGAAUUCCUGGAUGAGGUGAUGGCUGAUGCCUGCAGCCGCUUCAGUGAGAUGGGGCUGCCAGUGGCGGCCACGCUCCUCCUGGAGCUGCACGGCUCCCAGCGUAGCCUGGCUGAGCAGCAGCAGCAGACCGAGGAGAUUGUGCACCAGAACGGUGGCUCCAGCGUGGCCUGGGCGGAGGGGCAGGAGGAGCGGGAGCGGCUCUGGUCCAUGCGCCACAACGCCUGGUACGCUGCUCUGGCCCUGCGGCCCGGCUGCCAGGGCUACUCCACCGACGUCUGUGUGCCCAUCUCCCGCCUGCCUGAUGUGGUGGUGGAGACCAAGCAGGACCUGCAGGCCUCCAACAUCACUGGACCCAUGGUGGGACACGUGGGCGAUGGCAACUUCCACUGCAUCCUCGUCUUCAACUCCCAGGACCCGGAGGAGGCCCAGCGCAUCCACGCCUUCACCGAGCGCCUGGGCAGGCGGGCGCUGGCAGCAGGGGGCACCUGCACCGGGGAGCACGGCGUGGGGCUGGGCAAGCGGACACUGCUGCAGGAGGAGCUGGGCCCGGAGGGCCUGGACACCCUGCGCUCCAUCAAGGCUGCACUCGACCCCCACAACCUCAUGAACCCCGGCAAGGUGCUCUGAGGGGCAGCACCAGCACUGCGCUGGCACUGGGGAGCCUCAGCCCCUGGAGGCAAGGCCAGGGUGGCCAUGCUGCCCUGCAGUGCCACUGUAUGUGACCCUACUAAUCACCCCAUCCUCACUUCUGGGGGUCAGGGAUCCCCAAACCCCCAAU